UAAAUAUUUGUGUAUGUUGAUUGUAUUAUAACGAUUACGUUGUUUACCAGUUAAGCGUUUCUGGAAAAUAUUUUGUGGAAGAAUGUAUUCUCUCACACUGUUCGUAGAUUUUGCGUUUUUGUUUUUAUUGUGAAUAUAGUACAUAUUUUUGUUUAAAAUGGGCAUGAAAAUGACCAGCGGGCGACGUUUGCGGCACGACGUCCCGACGAGAUGGCUGACCUGAGCCAGAGCCUGCUCUGCGGCCGCAGCAAGCCCCCGCCCGCGCGCAGCCCGUGCCACCAGUCGGGCCGGAGCGGGAGCGCCGCCGCGCCGCCGGCCCCUGCCAUGCACGCCGUGCAGGGCAAGGACAGGUCGUCGCCCAGCGACAAGCCGUGCCCCGCGCCGACGGCAAGCGCGCAGGUCGCCACCUCGAAGGAAGUUUCCGAAUGCCUCAGCAGUUGGUUGACUUAUCUGCAAAUGCUGAACGGGCUGUGCGGGGCGGGCUCGCGGCUGGCCCACUGCCUGGGGGCGCUGGUGCAGGACACGGCCUCCCCCUGCCACGCCGUGGCCGCGCAGUGCCAGGCCGCCUGGGAGGAGCUGGUGCGGGCGACCGCGGCCGCCUCCUCCGCGGUCCGGGCCCAGGUGCUGUCCUCGCUGCAGGAGGUGGCCGCUCCGGCCGAGGGGGACCCUGACGCCCGGAGGACGCUCGAGCACAACCAGCAGAUGGUGUGUGACAGCCUGAUGACGUUCAUCAGCCUGCAGCAGCAGUUCUGUGGUGCGUGCUGCGAGUACCUGGGCGCGGGGGCGGGCGACCCCGACUGCGCGGCCGGCCCGCCGCGGCAGUGCCUCCCGCGCCCCCCGCUGCCCCCCCUCGGCCCCCAGCGCCGCUGGUCCGAGGCCGCGGCCGCCGAGGCCCGCGCCGAGCCGGAAGACUGCGCGGCCCGGCGCUGGUCCAUGCCAUGGGAGAGCUCGCGGCUGGCGGAGCACCGCGGCCGCCUCAACCCCUCCGCCAAGCUGGCCGUGCCCGCGGCGGGGCCGCGCGACAGGAACCGCUCCGCCACCCCAGACUCGGUGUGGCACUCGUCUCUAGCCAGUCAGGAGCAGUUGCAAGAGGUGAUACAUUUUCUGUCCUGCAGGCCGGGACGGACCAACUCCACUCAGCUCUAUCACCCCAGCCAGCACCUCCCAGGAGUGACGCUGACCAGCUGCCCCUACGACGGGCCCUCGCCCGACUGGAGCGACGGGCCGGGCAGCGACGACCGCUCCCCCGCCUGCGGGGUUGUGCGCCGGGGCAGCGGCUCCCCCCACACCCAGCGCUCCAGCUGGCACGCCUCCGAGGGCCACCCGCACGGGUGGUCGGACUCGGAGGGCUCGGGCCACCCGGGGGAGAGAGGCGCGGACGCGAUCCUGGCGUCGCGGAAGAGCAGCUCGUCCACCGACUCCUCGUCCAGCCACUCCCUGCACUCUCGCUCCACCACCGGCUCCGAGGGAGGGGCGGAGGUGCGGGCCCACCUCUACUCCAUGUGGAGCGGCAACGACCUGACCUUCACGAAGCUGGCCGAGUCCAGCGAGCCCGGCGAGGCCCCGCCCCCCGCGGGCGACGACUCCGCCCCGCACACCUUCUACGGCAGCUCCAAGCGGGUGAGGGGAGGGAGUCUCCCGCGUGCCUCAGUCGGCAGACGGUGUCCGGACUGCUGUGUGUGCCUGUGGUUGUCGCGCCAAUAUUCUCUCUCAAAUAAAGGUAUUUUCUUGUGAGUUUGUUAUGAAAAGAUGAAAGUUAUUUCAAGUCUAAUAAUAUUGUGAUUUUGCGUGCGUUAAAAUUAUUAAUUUUUUUUUUUGCAAAGUUAAAGAUUGGGAGUAAGACCUAGAGUAAAAAGAUUUGUUCACAUUAGUAGAUACUAUUUUGUAAUAAAAAAAUUGUAACACAAAUUUUUAUCUUUUAACUUUUGGUCACUAAAAAUUGUUUAAUUGUUCAAAACUAACUACAUAUUACCACUUCAAUCACAGACUGCUGCACCAUUAAUUAAAAAAAAUAGUACCCAUCUAGAACUGAAAGUACCGGGAAUUCUCGGUUCCGUUGAAGGCAAGUGCUGAAAUUCCCGGUUCUGAAAAUCGGUUAAAGUUCCCAUUACCCUAGAAACAAGUACCAGGGGUGCCCAUUUCCCAACUCAGUUUCUUGCAAGAACUGCCAGUGGAAUAAUAGUGGCAGAAAUACACGCAGACUAUUUGCUACUCCUUUUGAUAACAGUCAAGUUUGAAACAAGUUACAGGGAUUCUCUACAUGGAAUCUCAACUUUUUAAAAAUAUUUUCACUAGUCAUAGUAAUAAAAAUAAUAUUUUUCAUUAAAUGUUUUUAACGUUUUGAAGUACCGAGUUAAAAUUUUAUUUAGGUGUUAAAUGUUGAAAGUCUAGUACUGUCCUGAUUGUUGAACGAACAAAAUAAAUGUUAAGUAUUGAAAGAAUUCUAACCAGUUCUGUAAAGUUCUUGGUAUCAGCUGCUUAAUUAAUUUGCCUAAUAAAUAUUUCAUUUUAAUUGAGAGUAACUUUUCCUAUUUCCAAUGGUAUAUAUGUACAGUAUAUGUAUUUACUGCAUAAAUACUUUAAUUUUGUUAUUUAGCAUGUCAGUAUUAUUUUUAUCACUAUUUACCAUUUAAUCUUGCCUCUGCUAAGUUUUGAAUGUUGAGUCUCUUAUUGGCGUUGCAGUACAGUGUGUUGUUGUUGGAUGUGUACUGUUAAUGUUGAAAUGUCGUAAAGAAAAGUUUUAUAAAAAUAUGACCCUGAUUGUAAUUGCCUUGCUCAAGAUUGUAGGUUUCGGUGUUUCCCGGUGCACUACAACACUAUAAGUGUAAUAAUUUUUAGUUAGGUCUGUAUUAAUUUUGAAUGUAUGUAAAUCAAAAACCAGUAGACUCGUGGUAUGAAUGAUUAAAACGUGUGAUGUAGUUGAUCUACUAACCACACUAAGUAACUUGCCAAUAGCUGUUGACCAGCUGUCGAAGUCAUGAACUAACACUAUCCGCUUCAUGUAAAAAUAUGCCAUUAUGAUUUUUGUGACAAUGUUCAUGUGUUAUUGUUAGAGGUCAGUAAAUAGGUGAACUUUUAUGGGCUUUUCGCACACAGUGCAACCUACAUCACAGGUAUUUGCGAUUCCUUAGAAUGGACUGUCCCAUAUUUUGCCGCUUUGUUAAGUUAAGUUGUUUAAAUUGAUUGUGAUUUACAUUUUAACCUUGCAAACAUUUUUGAGGUUAUAACUUAAUUUGUCAAGUCGUAAAAAGUUGUUGACGGUUAGAAUUAUUUGGGUCAUCUGAGUGGCUCAAGGUCACGAGGUUGACGGACACAAUAGAUUAUUAUUCGACAAGAUUUUAUGGUUUUAUAUUUAGGCUGAUUUCAUUUUUAAAACAGGGGAUUUCUAUGUUAUUGUUUUUAUUUUUAUCUGAAUGCUGUUUUUUUUUCCUGAUAAAGAUAGCAUUAUUGUUAUUGAACAUAUAGGCGAAAUAAAUGUUUUAUGAUACUUUUUUUUUCCCCACCAAACUGAUAAAUGAUCCACUCGGAAUAGUAAAAAUUAAUCUGCAGCAAGUGUUUUUUUUUUAACUGAGUAACAUUUUGAUGUAAAAAUGAGUUUCUAAUAAUAGUUGUACAAUCAAAACAGAGUAAUUUUUUUUCUUUUCAAAUUUACUUAUUACAUACAUAUUUAUAAAAUCUUCAUGCUUAAUACAUUACAUUCAUUGAAUUUAAUAUAUAAUUAAUUAUUAAUUAUAUAUAAUUAAAUAAUAUAUCAAAACCAUUAAUAUAUUAAUGAUUAAUAUCAUCACGGUUUUGUGAUUCAAGUUUUGAUUAAAAAUGAUAGGAGUUGCAUUUCGGUCCUUUAUGGUGUAUUAACUUACAUUACCGUGUUAUAUGGUGUAUUGACAUGCUUUUCGGUGUUUCGAUUUUAUCACAAUUCACCAUAAUCUUGUCCCUAAUUAUCGUGAAUCCGGCUUUAGUUGGAUACACUUUUAAUAAGAUGUGUCGAUAAUCUGAAAAUUCAGUGACUCCGUACGAGUAAGUUAGGGAAUUACGUAUUUUACUAAAAAAAAAAAAAAAAAAAAAAACCGGUUUAAUUGAAAUUUGUUGGUUGAACUACCUGUUUAUACUUUUGACAAAUUGAUGGUAUUGAGUGCCGAUCUAAAACCUCUGUUAUACUGGAAGAAUUGAUAACGCAUUUCCGUAUUAAGUCAGCCAGGGUCUUCAGGGUUCCAACAACUACUGUUAGGUGGUCACGCGGCUGAACCGCGAAAUGGUUCGCAGAACUCCACGUGUUAACGCGCCAUUUACAAAACCGAUAGAGAUUUAUUGAUGGUGUCCAAUCACGAAUAACAUUUAAGAGCCAUUGUACUUGCCCAUACAAGUUUUGUUUCGUGGUUUUGUCUUAGAAUUUUUUUUUUUUUUUUUUUUUAAGUAUAAAAGGCUAAAAUGGGGGUUUUCACUGACCUUUUUAGGAAUGAAAAAAAUCCACACAAAUUCUUGUAAAAUUUGUAACGAAGUUCAGAGAGCUUUUAUGUUUAAUAUUCCAGCAUAAAUAACAGAGAGAGCUCUGAGCUCUAAAGUCCAGCCAGGCAGCAACCCCCCCCCCCUCCCCCCUUUUUAAGCCUGAAGGUUCUCUGCAGCUGGAGAAGAGAAGUAGACUUGAUCCUGAAUUAGUACGGAUGCUGGUUUUUCUCAGUGAAAUUUUGUUAACUCCAUGGAUAGAGCCAAGAUUUUAGGUGUUAUAAAAAAAGCACGUUUCAUCACAAAUUUGAGGAUUUUGUAUUUGUCGUCAGUAAAAAUUAAAAUCACAUGUAAUAAAUGCAUAUCAAACACAAUGGUAAUAACUGCUUUAAAUAUUCAUGGCCAGACACUUAAAAUGUGUACAUAAAACAGUACAUCUAUUGAUAAGAGUAAGCUAAACAAAAAUCUGCAACUAUAAUGUUCAAUAAUCCUUUUGUAAUUAUGCUUACUGCACAAUUAAUAUAUAUAAAAUUAUGUGUAUGUGCAAUGUCAAAAACCCAAAAUCAUUACACACAAUACAUUUCUGUGUGAUUUAGCCAUUUUUUUUGCUGUACUUUACUUUGUAAAGAAACUAUAUUUUGGAAUUAAAUUUUUUUUUUUUACUUAGUAGAUAAUAUUUUAGGUUUUUAAAUAAGGCACAAACUAUAAAUAUUUAUUUUAUUCUAUAUUUAAGUAGACAAAAUGAGAUAGUUGAGAUACUUUCACUGCAUUUAUGUGUUAUGCAGUGUAUUGACUUCAAUUUAGCUGUUAUUUUGGUUAUUCACCAUAUAAUUUUGUCUCUAUCCAUUAAACUUAUAACACAUAAUAGAUAAUAUGUUUUUGUUCAUAAUUUUUUUCAUGUGCACAAAUAAUAAUUUUUGUGUUUGCCAUAAAUAUCAAGGGUAGCAAUUUUAAGUUUUUUUUAGUAUUGAAAUAAUGUUAUCAUAUAAACUUUAACCCCGAACGUAAAUCAUAGAUGGAAAAAUAAAACCUUCAUAAAUGAUGGUGAUGAUCAUUGCUAGGCAAAAAUAGUGCAUGGAUUUAUAAUUAUAAGGAUGAGUUAAUGAUGAUGAUGUUACAAAGUCAUACAAAUUUCUCUUGCUGAAAUUUUUUUUAUAGAUUUAAAAUAUCACAAACAGAUUUUGUAACAAGCUAUAACAUGGGUUUCUAUUUUGUUGGUUAUUUAGGAAAUGUAAUGCAGUGAAAAUUAUUUUUUAUACGUACUUUACGUAUGUAGCAGCACAAAAUUACACCCUUGCCUGUGCCAUCACAUUUUCUUUUAUAAAAAAAGGUUGAAUGUUAACUCGUAGUGGUAUCGUGAUACGGUAGACUUCCGAUAGUCUGGCAUAUCACUGGCCGAAAUGCCAGUUCCUCGCCGGCAUCGGCGGGGAAUGUGCAGAUUUAAGCCAACUGAGCAAACAUAAGCUAAAAACGUAUUAUUUUUAGCUAAGGUCGAAAAUGCUUUAACAGUACGUGCACGAGUGGUAAUCGGAAGCGCUCUGCGCAGCCCUGGGUUAGUCAAGAGCAUUAGGCAUCGCACGGAAGCGUACAUACAAACCUUUAAAAUGUACAAUAGAAAUUUAUUUUUGGCCCAUAUUUGUCUUGAAAUGUCAUCCUUACGUUACUGCUAAAAAAAAUACUUGCUACCGAUCAUAAUCUAACAGAUGUAUUUGCUCUACAACAUAGCAUUUUGCGAACAUGGGCAGCACUGCCCUAUAAAACAGCAUUUUCAGAAAUCGGGCACCUGCCAAGGAACAGAAUGUGCCGCAUUAUCUGAAUUCUAUUGUAGUACCAUUCUUGUAAGUUUAUUUUUGAUUGUGAUAAACAUAAUAUAUAAUCUUUAUUUUUUGAUGCUGGUUUUGUUUACAUUGUGAUAUUGUAUUUAUGUGAUAUUUUGUUUGUUUUCCUACAUUGAGCUGAAAGUUUUGUUUCUCUAGCUUGGAUUGAAUGUAGUUGUGUUUUGACAAUAUGUGUUUUCUGAUUUUGAAGUUUAAAAAUCAAUGAUGUAUUUUUUUUCAAUGACUUACAAUAUUGUGAAUCAAUGAAUUAUUAUUAUUUUUUUUUUUGGGUUUAUAGUUUUUGUGGUUGGAAAAUUAUCAGUUUUUUCCCCCCUCAGUUAUUAAAUAAUUUUACAUUUCAAACAGUGCUUUGUGUUGCUAUCCUAGGUUUGCAGUGCAGUAGUGUUUAACCCUUUUUAUCUUUUGCAUUGAUGUCCCCUCCUUUGUUUAUUAUUAAAAAAAUUCACUGUUUUGCAAUUGGAGAUUUCUACUGCAUCGUAUAAUAUUGUUCUCUUUUAUUGAUGUUUUUAAUUCCAUUGCUUGAUACUUCUUUAAAAAAAACUCAUGCUGUAUUACUGGUGUUAUAAAAUGUUAUGUAUACUAGGUCCAAUGUAACGACGUAACAGCAAUUCCGCUUUUUUAAAUUUUUUUUUCAGCAACUGCAUUGUUUGUAACUAUGAUUUGACUUUUCUUAUGGUUGUUUUGAAUGUGUGCAUAAAUUUUUUUAAAUGCAAAUAAGUCCUACUGCCAAUAAAUUCAGUUUAACUAUUUUUACUUGAUUUGUUUGAAUUUUAUUGCCUUAUCUUUCAAUUUGCAAUGCUGUAACAGUUAAGAAAAUGCCAAAUGAGUGAAAACUUACUUUUGAUAUUUUAAGUGUGAUGGGCUUGUGUAAACAUUCUUUAGUGGUAUCAUUAUGAAAAAUUGUGCACAGCAUUUUUUAUUUCCAAAAGAAAUAUUCCUAAUGACCAGUCAGUGAGAUAAAAAUUCCAAAUCGACAUAAUAUUAAAAUGCCCCAAAAACAUUUUAAUUUAUGUAUAAUUAUUGUGUACACCAUAUACAGUACUAUAGUUAGGACAUUUCACAUUUGAGACUUUGUAUUCUUGUUAAAACUAAAAUUACAUUCAGAAAUCCAGCAAGAUCGCUAAUCUGGCAAUGUGGUCUUGAACGUUAAAGACCAUUUACCGUACUACUAAAGUCAGACACAUUCUUAUCCAAGAAACAAAAUCAAAUAUUUUAACUAUUAGUUUAAAAUAAUUCUUAAAUGAGUAUCGCAUACAUACAAUUGUACAUGACAACACGUUGAGUGCAAAAUUUGAAUUUGUGCGCUACGGUUCGUAACUAACUUUGCAGGGUUGCAUUUCCAUGUGUGUAUUUCGUAAUAAAAAUUGUUUGUUUUGGCAUUCCCUGCCACGCAUUAAAUUUAAGCCCAGCAAUUUCCAAACUGUGUAUGCUUGAACAAAUUUAAAAUCAUUGUGAUGUGUAUUAAAUGGCUGUAUCAAACUUUUCAAAAUAUGAAAUUAAUAACCUAUCCUUGGUGUAGAAGAACUCUGCUGGCAAAAUAAAAUAAAAUAUUCUUACAUGUAGAUUGUAAAGAGUUGCCACAAACAUAGUUAAAGUGUUACAUGUAUUUUAUCUUAUAAAUGGGGACAAGAUGAUAUAAUGAAUUGCGAUAAAACUAGUGGUGCACCGAUAUGACUUUACUGAUUACCGAUUAUGAGAGCAAUAAUCGGCAGAUACCAAUUCAGUUACCGAUUAUAAUGAAGAAAUUUUUUUAAGUGUAAUAAUGUACACAAAAAGUUUUAUUCCCAUGUGAAUUUAAUAACAAGAUAAGGUAAAAUCGAGAAUACAGUUAUAGGUAAUAACAGUAUAAAAAUAUAUAAAAUACACUAUUAAGUCAUUGCAAAGUGUAAAUUAAAUUAACUUGUAUUUAUAUUUGUUAUUGUAAACAACUUGAACUACAGUCUAAUAAUUUUAAUUUACAAUGGGUAAGUUUUUGGUGCGGAAAACUAGCAUUAUUAUUGACUAUCACAUAAGGUUGCAUCAAGAAAUUACCGUUUAACAAUGUAAACAUGCUGCUUUAUUUUGUUCACUUGAGUUUAUAGAAAAAUGUUUCCACACUUCACUUUUUUUCUCCCUACUCGCCAUCUCACUAUAAUUAUAUAAAAAUGACUAAAAACCAAUACUAGCACAUGUGAUUUUAUUUAUGUUGACUAAAUAUAUAAAAUUAUAAAUACUUUUUCACUUUUCACGUCAUACAAAUAACAAACGGAUAAUGUUAUCAAAGACGCCCCUAACGAGUUUGUAAAACGCAGUGAUAAAAACUAGAAGGUAUCGGGACCACGAUUUUGAACCGCUACCAUGACUCGAAAAGAUCGAUUGUCAUAGAAUCCACUGCAACUGUUUGUGGUAUUUUGAUUGCGUGCCAUAUAUUUUACGUCUCUGGCUAUAGGUAAUGUACAAGGCCACUAAACAAAAGACGAAACGUAAAUAAACGUGUAGGAAAAAUGUCUUUUUUAUUGUUCGAGGCAAUGAGAUUUAUUGAACUUAACGAAAUAUCUGUAAUUAUGAUAUGACGGAGUUAGAUGAAUUUUGUAAUAUAUAUACAAAUAUUACCGUAUUUCAUCCUAAAAUGUGUAACAAAAUAUUACACGGUAAAAACUUACUUAAUUACGCCGGAACGUAGUAUAAUCGCCAAAGUAAUCGUUAAGAUAAUCGCCGAUUACGAUUAAUCGGAAAGUACCCAUAAUCGCCGAUUACGAUUCAUCGGUAUCCGCAUCGGUGCACCACUAGAUAAAACUUUAAUAACACAGAAAAGCAUGUCAAAACACCACGUAAACACUGAAAAUCAAGUUAACACACCAUACAGCAUUAAAAUGAAAGUUAUAUCAUGGAAUUAAGUAGCAUUUAACCAAAACUUAAUUCAUAAAAAUCUUUUGAUUUUUGAAAUUCAAAGAAUGUCUUAAAUUCCGGACAAAUUCU